CCUGGCAACCGUCCGGGGCCGGAAGUGCGCGCCACGAGCAUGCGCGGGCGGAGGCACCUGGGCAGGUUAAGGCGGAGAGGAAGCGGCUGCCGGGCCCGCCUGGGACGCCCCGCCGCCGCCGCCGCCGCCGCCAUGAUGCGCUUCAUGCUGCUCUUCAGCCGGCAAGGGAAGCUGCGCCUCCAGAAGUGGUACCUGGCCACCUCUGACAAGGACAAGAAGAAGGUGGUCCGGGAGCUGAUGCAGGUGGUGCUGGCCCGCAAGCCCAAGAUGUGCAGCUUCCUGGAAUGGCGGGACCUGAAGGUGGUCUACAAAAGGUAUGCCAGCUUGUACUUCUGCUGUGCCAUCGAGGGGCAGGACAAUGAACUGAUCACCCUGGAACUCAUCCAUCGAUACGUGGAGCUGCUAGACAAAUAUUUUGGCAGUGUGUGUGAACUGGACAUCAUUUUCAACUUCGAAAAAGCCUACUUCAUCCUGGACGAGUUCCUGAUGGGGGGGGAGGUGCAGGACACCUCCAAGAAGAGCGUCUUGAAAGCCAUUGAACAGGCAGACCUCUUGCAGGAGGAGGACGAGUCUCCUCGGAGCGUGUUGGAGGAGAUGGGGCUGGCAUAGCUUGGCUCCCUUCAGAAUCUCAGGCCGUCUUCCCUGCCACCCUGCCUCUCCCCCCCCCCUCCACUGCCCCACAAGCUCUGCGGACAUCGACUCGUCAGAUUCUGGCAGGUGGGCAGCUGGACUCCGCAGCCCCCGACUCAGAGGCAGGAUCCAGGGCAGUUUUCGUCAUGGUCCCGGGUGCUGGUGGUGAAAGGCUCUUCUCGCAACCUUCUUCUUCACUCGGUUGUCCACUCCUGCCCCCUUUCACACCCGCAGCGUCCAUCUGCUGCUGCUGACCGGCCUCUGACAGACCCCAUGGCGCCCAACUCCUCUCCCCCCCCUCAGGGGAGCCAUAUUGGGAAGCUACAAGGUCACCAUAGAACAGCAGCUUCCUCGAACCCGAAGGCUGCUCUCUGGAUGUUUGGGGCUGUGUGUGAUUCUCUGCACUCUGCCCCUGCCGGCGCGUCUCCGGCGCAAGGAAUGGGAGGGGAUGGUCUUCCCGGGUUUUCUGGAAUAAAAUGUGUCUGGAAGA